AUUACCGCCGGUGCUGCCAGCAUCGGCAACCUCGGCUGUUGGUUGUUGUACACAAAUCAGCACUCUGCGUGUAUAUCUAUUGAAUAAAUAUUAUUUUAUUUCAACCCUUUUUAGUUUGAUAAUAAGGUGAACAGUAUGUUUCCAAGGCACUCGACGUUACUAAUAAGUUCGUGUAGAAAAUGCUUCCAUAGUAUUGUGCACAGAUCGUGGUGCUCACAGCCGGUUCCAUCAAAACGAAAUCUAAAGUCAGUCAGCAAGGACCAAGGGGCGGUUUCAGCGAAUCGUUUAGAGAAAGAAGUUCGACAUUUUUUCAAAGAAAUCGGCAGUGAAUCAAUUCUGAGCCAACUUCCGACCGAAUUACUGAAUCAGAGGCCAAAACAAACUGAUUGUCUGUACAUCGCAACAGCAGAGUGCGCUUCAAUUGUUCGGCAACAUGUUACUGCGGGAUUAUCGGCUGAUGCUUUGCUAGCGGAAGUAAAUCCAGGACCUGGUCUUCUAACUCGGGAGUUGCUAAAGGAUGGCGUCCAACGAUUGAUGCUAGUCGAAGAUGAUGAACAGUUUGAGCCGGUGCUGCGCAGCUUGAUGGCAACCUACAGGGACGUUGAUUGGUCGCUUAAAGUGGCUAACUUCAACGGGCACUGGAGGCAAGUGUAUUACGACAGCGAGGAUAGUAGGCGAAAGUUGCAAGAUCUACUGGAAGGAAUGCCGCGGAAACGAUGGAAAGAUGAGCCAAACAUUCGACUGUUUUCGAUCGUAGAUUCGACGAGGUUUUUUAAAGCCAUGAUGGGCUGCCUGGCCAACCAAACUGGGUUGUUCUCGCGAGGAAGGUGCGAGAUGGUACUGGUUCUGCCACCAUUGGUUUAUGUGCAAUUAACAUGUACCAAAGCAGCAGGUUAUGCAAUGUACCGCCAGCAGUCGGUGAUGUUUCAGUUGUUGUUUGAGCACGAGCUGUUGGGUACGAUUCCACGGAGGCAUAUUCUGCCGUGGGCAGCGAAACCACCUAAGCGUAAAAUACGGAGCGAACGGCAGCCCUACGAACAAACGCAGCAGGAUGAAUGGUAUCUGAUGCGAAUAGUGCCCCGUAAGGAUCUGCACGAUUUCUGUUUACCAGACGAUCUAAAGCUGUUGCGAUUUUUCGUUUACCAACAUUUGAUCAGCCGAACGAACCGAAUCAUACCUGCACUGGAGAAAUGGAUCCCUUAUUGCGGUUGUCGAUUGAUUCUUAAUCAGAACUAUGUUCCGUCGAUUGCGUCCGCGGCAGACAAGGACCAACAGUUGCCAUUUUACCUGCCAAAAUCGUUGCCUCUCCGGAGGAAUGACUACCCCGAACGGGUCACGAUUUUUACCAAGUUCGGAGAACUCACUCCUUCGCAGAUUUUAACGAUAUUUAACGACUUUAUAAGUUGGCCCGAGUUUAGGCAGUCAGCUUUCGUACAGUCGGCGGAGCAGAACCAACUGCGGCCAAUGUCACUAACCAAACGGUCGUCCUCGGAUGCGAUCGCUGCUGACGAAGAUGAUGAACGGGAGGUGGAAAAACAUCCGACGCGAUGAUUGAGGUGUUUCUUCAAAAUUUUGAAGGUAAAUUAUACAAUGUGAAAUCUAGAGCAAAA